AUGUCGGAAGGACAAGAACCAAUUCCGCAAGACGCGAGUCAGAAGAAGGAGGCAGCGCAGUUAGUGCCUCCAAUAGAUGGAAGUCAAAGGCGGGAACCGAGUCCGAAAAACACGGGCGCGGGACCGUCAAGUAAUUUGAGAUCCAAAUCCAAGGGCACUUUAGACGGUAUUUUGCUUGAGUUCAUAGCAACCAGCGACCGUCUUGUCAAAUUUGAAAGCCAGAUAUUUACGGCAUCCUCUUCCGAGCCUAGUUUGUUUACCUUAAAGAUCCGUCUGGAUCAGACACAAGCCUUAUGGGAAAAGGUUGAACGGGAGUAUGAAACCGCUUCCAAAGCAGCUCUUCGCGAAGGAGGUAGCGGAAAUCUUCCGUUACUGCAAAACAAAUAUGAGCACUGCUAUGCGGUGUUCGAAAGAUGUGCUUCGAAGCUAAAUGAAGACAUCGCCCGCAGUGAAUCAGGCACGGCCUUGAAAGAUCUGCAGAGCACAAUCCAAGGGUGCUUGAUAGCCCUCGAGCAUUCACAAAUUUCCACGGAAAAUUGGGACUGCCUUCUAAUUUUUCUAAUCUCCUCCAAGUUGCCGAAGGUCACUCUCUCGUUAUGGGAGCAGUCCUUGACCAAUAAGUCCGCGAUCCCAGCCUGGGAAGAAAUGAAUUCCUUUCUCGAGGAGAGAUAUCGGACGUUAGAAGCAAUUGAGGAUGUCCGACCUAAUUCUUCCAGCACACAGCAUUCAAGGGAGCCCAGAAGUGCACAACCAAGGAGGAUGGGCACUCCGGCCAAACCUAUGCUCAAGAUCGACACGACGGCGUUUGUGCUGCCGAACCUGGCCAUGCAGACUGAUUCAGAGCACAUUGAUUUGGGGCAUUCCAGGAGUUCCGCACUCGCACAGUUUCUGAGGAAUGAGACUCGCUUGAAGAAGGAGCCCGCUCUCAAAAACACUUAUGACUCAGUGAUCCAAGAAUAUAUCGAUCUUGGACAUAUGAAGCCGGUGCCUCCGAAUACCGACAAGAUAAAUUUCUAUCUCCCCCAUCAUGCAGUAUUUAAGCCCGAAAGUGCGACCACGAAAGUUCGCGUAGUUUUCAACGCAUCCAGUCCUUCUUCCAAUGGGAACAGCCUUAAUGACAUUCUGUAUCCAGGGCCAGUACUGCAGUCCGAUCUCACUCUUCAAAUCCUGAAGUGGCGGACGUUUAAAUUUGUUUUCAAUGCCGACAUCACCAAGAUGUAUCGGCAAAUUCGCCUAAACCAAGAGCACACUCCGUUUCAGAGAAUUCUCUUUCGAAAUGGCCAAGGGGAUAUAUCCGACUUCGAGCUUCAGACGGUCACGUUUGGAGUGAAUUGUGCCCCUUUCCUGGCCCUACGAACACUGCAACAAUUGUCCGACGAUGUCAACGCCCAAUAUCCACGGGCGUCGCAUAUAAUUUCAAAUUAUAUGUAUGUCGACGAUGUGCUAGCAGGAGCCCAUACAGAAGCUGACGCUAUUUUAGCCAUUCAGGAGCUGCAAGCAGCUCUGGACUCAGCGGGUUUCCCUCUCCGCAAGUGGACAUCGAAUGAACGUGCACUCCUUAAAGCACUUCCUAAAGAGCAUCUACUUUCGACUGAUUUUCUUGAUCUCGAAGAGGUCAGCACCACUAAGACAUUGGAAGUACGGUGGAACGCUACGACGGAUGAGUUUUAUUUUGUUCCAACAGAGGUCACCAUUCAGGCCAACUAUUCGAAACGCGACGUCUUAUCCCAGAUCGCGAAAUUGUUCGACCCAGCUGGGUGGCUCUCCCCAUUUGUGGUUCAGGCCAAAAUCCUGAUGCAGGAUAUCUGGUUAGCCAGCGUCGAAUGGGAUGAGUUUCUUCCUGCAGAACUACUACAUCGCUGGCAUGAUUUCCUUCGGAGCUACAGUUUCCUCCACCAAGUUCGCAUCCCGCGGUGGGUACAUUUUCAACCAGGUGUACAAGUCCAAAUCCAUGGUUUCUGCGAUGCCUCCCAAAAGGCUUAUGGCGCAGCGAUUUACGUUCGCAUCCAGCGUGAUGGAAUCAUUUCAUCAAAUCUUCUAACGUCAAAGACCAAAGUCGCUCCGGUAAAAACCGUCUCGCUCCCGCGUCUAGAACUGUGUGGAGCCGUCCUUCUGGCAGACUUGUGGACUGCAAUUCUGCCUCAGAUUCCUUUCGGUCGUAUAGAGUCUUUUCUAUGGACUGAUUCCACUAUUGUGCUGGCAUGGUUGAACAAGCCACCAUGUCAGUGGACGACCUUCGUCGCGAAUAGAGUCACAAAAAUCGCUCAAAAUACUGACGCCAGCCAAAGGUCUCACGUGCGUUCCGAGCACAACCCAGCAGAUCUAGCCAGUCGUGGAGUAGCGGCUGAAGAGUUAGCUACCAGUGAGCUAUGGUGGCAUGGGCCUUUAUGGCUAACUCAGCCACAAGACUCCUGGCCUGCACCAUAUGAAUCUGUUUCCGACAUCGACAUCGAGAAGCGACCUAUACGUUGCCAUUUAGCAUGCCCGGAGCAGGACAUGCUUGAGCGGUUCUCCAAGCUCGAUAAGGCACUACGAGUUUUCGCCUAUGUUCAGCGCUUCAUCCAGCGCGCGCAAAAACGACCUAUUCCAGGCGAGCUGCAGCUAUCCAACACAGAGAUUUCGACAGCUGAGCGACUCCUAAUUUUCAUAACACAGCGCAGAUUCUUUGCGCUUGAAUAUGCUUGCCUGAGCCAAAAGAGGCCAAUUCCAGCAUCCAGUUCUAUUAAGAACAUGAAUCCCUUCAUUGAUCCUCACGGCCUCAUCAGGGCGUGUGGUCGGGUGACGGCCUCCGAAGUCCUCCAAUAUGAUGAACGGCAUCCGAUCUUUCUUCCCUACAACUGUCAGUUGGCGCGUCUCCUUGCAUCCUUUACGCAUCGCAUCUCCUUGCACGGCGGUAAUCAGCUAAUGGUACGCCUGAUCCGCUCAAAAUUCUGGAUACCAAGGGUCAAGAACUUAGUCAAGUCGGUAAUUUUCUCCUGCAAAGUAUGUGUGAUCCACAAAAAGAAGUUGCAGACCCAACUCAUGGGCGAACUACCAAAAGAGAGAACGUCUUUUUCGCGGCCUUUCACGUACACGGGCAUGGAUUAUGCCGGGCCGUUCGAUAUAAAGAACUACACCGGGAGAGCCUGCCUGAUUACCAAGGGCUAUGUGUUGGUGUUUGUGUGUUUCUCCACGAAGGCCAUCCAUUUAGAGCCUACCUCCGACCUCACGACUGAGAAAUUUCUCGCAGCAUUCGCCCGAUUCGUCUCGCGAAGAGGGUGCCCUCGACAGGUUCAGUCAGACAAUGGGAAGACCUUUGUUGGGGCAUCCGCAGUGCUGUCGCGAGAAUUUCUGCAAGCGGUCAAGGAAUCCGUGACGAAUGCUUAUAGUCACCAGGAACUCCGGUGGCAAUUCAUACCACCAGGAGCCCCGCACAUGGGAGGAUUAUGGGAAGCGGGAGUUAAAAGCUUCAAGACGCUGUUUUAUAAAUCCACAGCCAUUCGAAAGUAUACGUUCGAAGAACUUUCUACAUUGUUGGCCAAGAUUGAGGCCUGUCUUAAUUCGCGUCCACUCGCCCCGAUGUCCGAAGACCCCACAGACUUGUUGGCACUCACGCCAGGUCAUUUUCUCGUAGGUGGACCACUUCUCGCCACCGUCGAACCCGAAAUUAAGGGUGCGUCCACUUCUAUUAUCAAUCGGUGGCAGCACCUUAAGGCCCUUCAUCAGCAAUUCCGCCUGAGAUGGAAGGAAGAGUACCUCAAGGAGCUCCACAAGCGAACAAAGUGGCAAGUCCCCACAAGAAAUCUCGAGGUGGGCGAGAUGGUUAUAAUCAAGGACGAUAAUCUGCCGUCCAAUGAGUGGCGGCUCGGCAGGAUUGACUCCGUGUUUCCCGGACCCGAUGGUCAUGUCCGAGUAGUGAAUAUUCGUACUGCUCGGGGAAUCGUUAAGCGCCCUGUCGCAAAAGUCGUAUUGCUUCCGGGGGCAACCCCCGAAGAAUCUCAAUAA